AUGAACUUGUUGCAACAGUUCGGAACUCCCUUGACCCGUAACAUCCCCGGCUUCUUGAGACAGCCUGCUGAAGCUCUUGUCGGAGAGAAAUGCUACACCUCACUAGUUUACAACCUAAACAUUGCCGAUGUUGACUGCCUGAAAUACGCCUUGUCUAAAGGUCUUGGUCUCGGGAUGGUCAUCGGAGGAGGAAUCUUGAAAGUACCCCAGAUUGCAAAGAUCGUCUCUACCAGGUCGACCCGAGGACUGUCAUUGUCUGCCUUUAUCAUGGAGACCUUUGCCUACGGGAUCACCACCGCCUAUUCAGCCCGGAACCUCUUCCCCUUUUCGCAGUACGGCGAAAACGCCUUUCUCGCCGUUUCGGACAUCAUCAUCCUCGCCCUCUUCUUCCUUUAUGGCCCGGGAGGUACCUUACAGCCGAACGCCAAGGGUCUCAUGGCUGUUCUAGUAGGGUCGGUCGGGUUCUCGUUAUGGUUGGCUAGCGAGACUCUGUGUCCGCCUGUUAUCCUCUCGGCUCUACAAGCCAGUACCGUCCCCCUGACCGUCCUCUCCAAAGCCCCUCAGAUCGCCUCCAACCAUCGUCUCCGUUCGACCGGCAACCUCUCCGCUUUCGCCGUCUUCAACUCGUUCCUCGGAUGUGCCGUCCGAGUAUUCACCACAGGCCAAGAGACCGGGGACAGUCUGGUCUGGUGGGGUUACUUCUUGGCUGCCGUGUGCAAUGCCAUCCUGGUCGGCCAGAUGGUCCUCUAUUGGAGGAACUCGGAAGCAGGCGAGAAGUCGUCGGGGAAAGAUUUCCCGCUGACAUCUUUGGGAUACAAUGACCGGAAGAAGGCUUGA